UUCCAGUGUGAUUGAAAGUGCUUGGUGAAAUACCGGAGGAGCAGUGUUUUAUCGUAACGACAACUUUCUUUAGCGUCCAAUGACAGGGCGAUCGAUCCUGGUGCGAUCAUUCCAUUCCAGCUGACUCGAGUGGCGCCAACGAAACCGCAAACGACUUGUUCGAGUCCGUGGAAUCGCUGCCCUGCCGUGGUAAACAAACACAAAUAUCCAUCGAGGUAAUACGAUUCCCACCGGGGGGAAGAGUGUCGAUUCGCAAGCACGCGCCCGUUCCCAACGCGGUCGAGUGGUUUAUUUAGUUCCUUACACCGGUGUCUAUUGCACCUGUACCGGCGCCAGAAAGUGUAAUGCGAUUUUAAGUCAUCAACAACAGACUUCGCAGAACUGAGUGUGUGUUCGUUUUCAGGGGUGGUUGCUGAUCGUACAGUCGGUGGUAGGUAGUUUCGGUGAACCAGCUAUUGACCACGAUGUGGUUGGCACAGGUUUGCUGCGUGACGUUGGGACUACUGCUGGUUGGAUGUCUGGAAACGGUAGCGGCCAUUCCACCGAAAUCGGAACCCACGAUAUCGGAAUGUGCUGCAAAGGGUGGUGAAUGUGACGAAAGCAAGGGAAGGCCCGUGUGUGGAAGUGACAAUAAGACGUAUCCUACACGCUGUCAUCUCAUCCGUGCGCAGUGCAGUGGACAUCAGGUCGCCUUCAAGCAUCGCGGAUCAUGCAAAGACGUGUGCAUUGCCUCGCGGACUUAUGCACUCCAACAACGGGCCAACUCUCCGUACACGGUCAAGUACGUACCGAGAUGUCGCGAGGAUGGAACUUACGCACCGGUCCAGUGCAUCGAUGGUGGUGGCUGUUGGUGUGUUAACGGGCAGGGUAAGCAGCUGCCCAACACCAUGGUCCAGCACGGGAAACCGAUCUGUGUGAAGAAGGGCAAAUCGAACCAGCGCCGUUCGUCACCUCGCAAUCCAGUGCGAAACAAGCGCAGCUGCAGUGGACUAGAUCGAGCCGUUUUUAACACGAACCUGCUGAAGCUGUUCCAAAACGAGCAUGUCCGGGUACACCAGCACAACCUCACCGGUCCGAUCAACGAAAAGGUGGUGCUGGACUGGAAGUUUGCCGUGAUGGAUCUUAACGGCAACAAUCUGCUGGACAAGACGGAAUAUCGUACGAUGAAGCGACUAAUCAAGAAGGUCGUGAAACCGAAACGCUGUGGCAGAUCGUUCGGUAAGAACUGUGACGCAGACCAGGACGAACGACUAUCGCGUAAUGAAUGGUACAACUGUUUGGCCAAAGACGACGUUACACCUCACAACCCGUCGUCACAAUCACCAUCAUCAUCAAUCUCUAGUUCCUCUUCCGGUGGUUCUGCACACUAUACAGUCCCCCAUCUACAUCAUCAUCAACAUCAUAGCACUCUCGGUGGGCUGUCACGCGGCAUGGGCAACGGUGGCAUGGGUGGUGGGUCUAUCGGUGGUACGGUAGGCGGAGGCGGCGGAGGCGGCGGCGGCGGCGUCAACGGCGGCACCGGCGGUGGUGGUCACUUUCUGCGUGCCGACGACGACGACGACGACGAUUCACAGAAUAUCUCUAAUGAUUUCACUGACGAUGACGAUGACGAUCAUUCAGAGAAUGAGUACGAUUCGGACGAACUGCCCGACAGUGAUAAUGCACUACUGAACGGAUUGCAGUUGCCCGUUAAUGGAUUGCAGCCAUACCUGUUGCUGCAGGGCAAGACUAUGGUGGAUCCCAAGGGAGAGGAUGAUGCCAUCUUCAAGGAUAGUGAGGCGGACUCGGACUGUUUGAGUGAUCGCAAGUACGCUUUGGAUGAGCAGAAGUACGGCACCAAUGCGCUGUAUGUUCCGGAGUGUACACCAGACGGACGAUAUCAACGCGUACAGUGUUACCGCUCAACGGGGUAUUGCUGGUGCGUUAAUGAAGAUACGGGCAAAAACAUUCCGGGCACCUCGACGAAGGACGAGAAACCGGUCUGCGAUCAGUACGCAUCCUCUACGCGACCUAUGAAGGGAUGUCCCGAGGAAAAGAAGGUAGAAUUCCUGAAGGAUUUGAAGGCGUUCCUGAGCAAACAGGUGUCGACAUCGUUUGCCGGCAAAAUUAUACCCGUGUGGAACACCGAGGAGGAAAAGGUGGCCAUACUGAGCUUUGUGCUUUUGGACAAAAAUCAAAACAAACAACUGGAACGAAAGGAAUGGAAAGCUUUUCGUGAGCUAGUCACAGCCACAAGACAACUUCGAAAAUGUGGCAAAAAAAUGCCCCGCUAUUGUGAUGUGAACAGCGACCGAAAGAUUACACUCUCCGAAUGGAUGAGUUGCUUGGAUGGCAAACGGAACAGCUCAGUGGACGUGGCAGCGAUGAGUGCACCAUUGGUACAGGCUGAGCUGAAGUCUACCAGCAGCAGUAACAGUGGUGGUGGUGGUGGUGGUGGUGGAACCAGCCCUAGCUCGUCCUCCGCGACCAGCUCAAAGUUUAAGGGAAGAAAUCCGCUAGAGUUUGUGCUGAAGAGUGACUAGAUGCAGGCGGCGGAUCUUUCGGUCGAGUCGGCACGACGAACGCGGCAUCCAGAAAAGCGAGACUUAAAUCCUAAACGCAUCGAGUAGUGUCUGAUUUGUUUUUUCCCCGGCCAGGUUGCAGGAUGCCGUGCAUGCAAUUGCUCUGUGCCGAUGCCGACACCAUGGAGUGGUUCGUAUUUUGCUUAUUAUAGUGUGCCGUCUUGAUUCCACUCAGUAUUGCAUCGUGGUGGUGGCCGUUGUAAUGCUUCCCACGGAUUGUUAUACUAAUACCAUAUCCAGUGAUAGAGAAGCGAGCUUUCCUUGGGUUUGUUGGACAUCGGCGCUUACCGACGGCGGGGUUUGGUUGGAGAAAUGGUGCCUGUAGGCGGUGGAACAGUUUAGGGCGAGGAUCAGUAUUAGCAACCGAUGGCGUAAAGACCAACCCUGACAGGAUGCCGGUAACGAUGCCGGAGGUUACCGUGCCAGCUUCUUCAUCUUGUGCCCGGUGCUCAUCAGUGCCCGGUGGCGAUGGAGAGGUCGAGUUCGCCCCGGACAGAAACCGUUCCCAUCCACAAGUUUGCGGCUUUUUGUGCCUAAUGAAAUUGCUAAAAGUGCGUGUGAUAUAUGUUAUUCAUUUCUAAUGUGUUUAUAUUUAAGUCAACCCCUAACAAACCGAGUAGAAGAUAGGGUGGAAAAUAUUUUACCACAUAUCAGAGUAAUAUUCGAGCGCGGAAAGAUAAUAGCACAAACCAGAAGCAGCAGAAAAACAGAACGCUGGUUAAACAUAUUAUGAUUAGGUUUAAACUAAGUACAGAUUAAGGGAAAUAGUACGAUAUUUAACGCGCAGAAAAACAGGACUGGAACGAGAGUUUCUCGGGUAAAGGUCAAAUUCGUUAACAGCUACAAACUAUUUAUCCUGCGGGCUCCGUUUGCUACCCAUCAUAUCACAGCCAGGCACAACCAGCUUUCGAAGGAACUGUUUCAGUAUCUGCGUACUGGACGAGACGUUGUGGGCAAUAAGGAAUGAGAUUGUUUUUUUAUGCAAAAUAAUAAGUAUGGCUCCCGCAAGUCA